AUGGUUAAAAUACUUUCCGUCGACUGGAUGGCACAGAGCUAUCUCAGGAGUGAACCAAACAAUGCCUUGCAACCAAUGGAAAAUAUGCCAACCCAGGGUAGACCUCAUGUGCCCUGUAUGGUCCAGCCACGGCAGCCUACCUCCUACAACAAGGUCUACCUACAGCCAAAGCCAAACUCGACAAAAAUGGCUUUUACUGAGAAGAGUAAUCCAAAUUUUAGCCUGGAGUCCUCUGUACAUCAGACAAUGUGUUCCUCACCAACUCUGACAGAAAACAAUGGAUACUCAUCUGGGUAUGAGAGUGAAGCAGCUUCUUCAGAAUGUCCCUCUCUUGAGGAUGGCAGCGACGGAGAACGGAAUGGGGCCCAACGCCGUCUGCGAACUAAGUUUACCCCAGAGCAGAUUCAUAAAUUGGAAAAGAUAUUCAACAAGCAUAAAUACCUGGAUGCUGGGGAGCGCAUCAAAACCGCACUGAAGCUCAACCUCUCUGAAACUCAGGUGAGAACUUGGUUUCAAAACAGGAGGAUGAAGCUGAAACGUGAGGUCCAGGAUUUGCGCGCUGAUUACCUUACUCCCACGCUGUCUCCGAUGGUGUUUCCACGCACAAGCCCUUUUCAGAACCAUGGCUUCGCUGGACAGUGUAAGAGGGGUGAACACGGAGAGCUGGUAGCAGGGACUGUCCUGUGGAAUACCUCUGCAGCCCCAUUUUCCCAUGCCCUAUGCCUCUUUAAAGCUAAGUCUCAAAGAGGUAUAUGCAUAGGAAAAAGGAACAGCGAGUGCAAAGUGCCCCAGGAGUCCUCUUCUGCAGCCACCUAG